GUAAAGCUACUGAGCUGAGACAGAAAUCAACAGAACUAGACAAAACGAAGAACAGAGUAUAGAAGCUAGAAGCCAGAGCCUGAAGGGGACUCUGCAACGGAAACACCAUCAGAAGAGAAAGAAUAAGAACAAAAAAAAAAAAAAUCGUUUUUCUCUGUUUUCUUAAGAAAUUACAAGGUAGUUUUAUCUGCAAAAGCAGCUCCUGGCUAGUUUUCUUUCUUUCUCAGGUGUUCCUUUCUGUCAGAAUUGUUCUUUGCUCAAAGUUUCUUUUUUAGAGAGAGAGAUUUUCUUGCACUUUUCUUCUUUUUCUUUUUCUUUUCUCUCUCUGCUCAAGCUGUGACAUAGCUAUCAGAUUUUGACAGUGUCAGUUCUUUUAGGUGAAACUUAAAGAAUCAUUUAGGUCACAGCCGUUUUGGACUUGUCUGAAUUCACUGGCUUCUUGUUCUUACAGUUUUACAAGGUAUAAAAAACGAGAGAAACCACACUCCCAAAACUAGACAAGCUCCCUUUCUAGGGGUGUUAAAGAAGCAGCAGACUUUGCAGGAUUCUGAUACAUUUGUCAAUAGAAGAUCUGCAAAGCAGCGAAGCAGGGAAAAAAAAAUGUUAUCCCAGAAGCAAGCAGAAGAAGAGAUGGUCUCUAGGUUCAAUGAGACUGAACAUGAAGAGAAAGAAGAAGAUCAGAAUAAAGGAGAUGACUCCAUUUUUAGCCUGAAAAGUAUUCUUUGGCAUGGUGGGUCUGUCUAUGACGCCUGGUUUAGCUGUGCUUCAAAUCAGGUUGCUCAGGUUCUAUUAACACUGCCCUACUCUUUCUCUCAAAUGGGGAUGCUUUCUGGAAUAAUUUUCCAGGUAUUUUAUGGAUUUCUUGGGAGCUGGACUGCAUAUCUCAUCAGUGUUCUAUAUGUAGAGUACAGAAGCAGAAAGGAGAAAGAGAAUGUCAGCUUCAAGAACCAUGUCAUACAGUGGUUUGAGGUGCUAGAUGGUUUGCUUGGUCCAGCCUGGAAAGCUGUUGGGUUGGCCUUCAACUGCACUUUUCUCCUCUUUGGCUCUGUUAUACAACUCAUAGCCUGUGCAAGCAAUAUAUACUAUAUCAAUGACAAAUUAGACAAGAGGACAUGGACCUAUAUCUUCGGAGCUUGCUGUGCCACCACUGUGUUCAUACCUUCAUUUCACAAUUACAGAAUUUGGUCUUUUCUUGGGCUUGGUAUGACCACCUACACUGCCUGGUAUUUGACCAUUGCAGCCAUUGUUCAUGGCCAGGUUGAUGGUGUAAUCCACUCUGGCCCAGCAAAAUUGGUCCUUUAUUUCACAGGUGCCACCAAUAUUCUCUACACUUUUGGUGGUCAUGCUGUUACUGUGGAAAUCAUGCAUGCAAUGUGGAAGCCUCAGAAAUUCAAGUACAUAUAUCUUCUAGCCACCUUGUAUGUGUUCACCUUGACAAUUCCAUCUGCUACUGCUGUCUACUGGGCAUUUGGAGAUCAACUCCUCACCCACUCAAAUGCCUUCUCCCUCCUCCCUAAAUCUGGGUGGCGAGAUGCUGCAGUCAUCCUCAUGCUCAUCCAUCAGUUCAUAACAUUUGGAUUUGCAUGCACACCACUGUAUUUUGUGUGGGAGAAAGUGGUGGGGAUGCAUGAUACUAAGAGCAUAUUCUUAAGGGCAUUAACAAGGUUGCCUGUAGUCAUACCUAUAUGGUUCUUGGCUAUCAUAUUCCCUUUCUUUGGCCCCAUUAACUCAGCUGUGGGGGCUCUUUUAGUCAGCUUCACUGUCUACAUCAUCCCUGCUUUAGCUCAUAUGCUCACGUAUCGAUCCGCCUCUGCCCGACAGAAUGCAGCAGAGAAGCCUCCAAUUUUCCUCCCUAGCUGGACAGCUAUGUAUCUAAUGAAUGCAUUUGUAGUGAUUUGGGUGUUUGUAGUUGGCUUUGGUUUAGGUGGGUGGGCUAGUAUGACCAAUUUUAUCAGGCAAGUUGACACAUUUGGCCUCUUUGCCAAGUGCUACCAGUGCCCGCCGCCGGCCGCUGCCGCAAAGCAUUAGGUGUUGGUCUGAACUCUAUCAUCCAAGUUAUACACUACAGCUACUCAUUGCAAUUCCUCCACAGCAUGUCACAUUCUCUGUAUGUAUUAUAUAUACUGAGGGAGGCAGAAGCACCACCAGCAUCUCCUUCAUAUAUGGUGUAUUGUUUCAAGCUUUGUAUAAGUAGUAGGUGAUUUGUCAAUGGUAAUGUUGAUUUGCUUUGGUUAA